AUGUCCUCAGCUUAUACAAUAGGAACGUCCUACCCAUUGGAAGACGAGACAACCACCUCCGUACGCAUUGCAGACCAUGCUAGUGAACGGCCAUGGACAGCAAGACCAACCACAACCGCCACGAGCAUUGCAUCGCAGGAAGUGAUAUGCGCCGUCAGUGAAUCCAGAGGUGUAUCACCUACAGUGGGCCUUGCGUUUGUCAAUCUUUCCACUUCAGAAGCAGUACUCUGUCAGAUCUGUGACAGCCAAUCUUAUGUGAAGACCAUCAACAAGAUCGGGGUGUUUGAACCCAGUGAGCUCAUCUUCAUGAAUACUGCCACUCAGUCAAAGCUUUACUGUAUUGUCCAAGAGAAUUUUCCAGCACUCACAAUCACCUGCAUUGAUCGCAGGUAUUGGUCUGACAGAGCUGCCCAUGAUUAUGUGGAAAUGCUUGCUUUCCCCGAAGAAAUCGAGUCCAUCCGGGUCUCCAUGGAGGGUCACUACUUUGCCGCAUGCUGUCUGGCUGCGGUCCUGAAAUACGUAGAGCUCCAGCUCUGCAAGUCAUUUGCUUUCCAUUCUCUUCGUAUCAAAUUUGAACCGUCUCAAGGUUCAAUGAUGAUUGAUCUCUCCACUAUCGUUUCUUUAGAAUUGAUACAGAAUCUUCAAAAGAGCAAGUCUCGGGACUGUCUCUUCGGACUACUCAACGAGACCCUCACACCAAUGGGUUCCAGAUUGCUGCGGAGUAACAUUCUUCAGCCCUCUACAGAGCCGGAAAAGAUUGUAGCGCGAUACGAUGCUCUUGAAGAGUUGAGCUCCAAGGAAGAAAUGUUUUAUUCUUGGCGACUAAUGUCUGGUCUGUGUCAGCUCUCAAAGGGUUUGUCGAUUCGGACAAGGUUCUUACUUCUGUCAGUGGCCUUGCAUAGCUCAAAGUGCAUUGCAUCCGUACUGACAAGAAAGCUUAUCCUCAACCCUGUGAAAUCCACAUUUCACCAUGUGGAGCAGUCGGUCAACCAUGUCAUUAUGCUCAAAUCAUACGUGAUGUCCAUCAACCCAGUCUAUGAAGCACUGGCCGGAGCGCAGAGUGCACUCCUGAAGAAGAUAAGAGAUGCCGGUGUGAACAGCCUUCUCGAUGUUGCGAGACAGACGUAUAAAGAGGCCAAUGCGGAUGCCACAGAGCUGGUCACAAGACUCGCAGAAGUAUAUGACCUCUCGCUGGAUCUGAAGUUCGACAGUGCGCGACAAUACUACAUAUCUCUCUCCGUAUUCGGGUUGGAUGAGGGGCCUCUCCCUGAUAUUUUCAUUAACUGCUAUAGAAAGAGGGACCGCAUCGAGUGCCAAACUUUGGAUCUCGUCAAACUGAACCAGAGAAUCACUGACGCCCACAAUGAAGUGAUUAAUAUGAGCGAUCGGAGCAUUCAGGAGUUGAUCAGCGAAAUAUGCGCGGAUAUCUCUGGGCUUUUCAGAAUCAGUGAAGCCAUCGCCACCUUAGACAUGUUGGCGGCUUUUGCACAGCUUGUGACGACACAGGAAUAUGUUCGGCCAGAAUUGACCGAUGUCUUGGCCAUCAAGUCUGGUCGUCAUCCGAUUCAGGAGAAAAUCCAUCGAGGCAAGUUUGUACCGAACGACACCUAUGCGGCACAGCAGUCGCGGUUUCAGAUCAUCACCGGGUGCAAUAUGAGCGGAAAGUCCACGUAUAUCCGUUCCAUCGCGCUCAUGACAAUUAUGGCACACAUCGGAUGCUUUGUCCCGGCGGAUUAUGCGUCGUUUCCUAUUGUGCGUCAACUAUUUGCUCGAGCAGCUGCUGUGGAUGAAAUUCACGCCAACGUGUCGACGUUCGCAGCUGAAAUGCGCGAAAUGUCAUUCAUCCUUCGCAACAUCGACCCUCAAAGCAUGGUUGUCGUAGACGAACUAUGCUGUGGAACGAGUACUACAGAUGGGUUGGCAAUUUCGAUUGCUAUUGCAGAAGCUUUUGUCGAUAGCCACGCACUCGUAUGGUUUGCAACCCACUUUCGCGAUCUCGCUCGCAUUAUGGCUGAGCGUAGCGGAGUCGUCAACCUUCAUUUGGCGGUGCAAUUAUCCCCCCAGGCGGAUAAAAUGACCAUGCUGUACAAAGUUCAAGAGGGUCAUGUGCAGGAGAAGUUCUACGGGCUUGCUCUGGCAAAGGUGCUCUCAUUUCCACAAGAGGUCUUGGAGACCGCGCAGAUGGUCUCCACAAGACUUAACGAGAUUGCUGAACGCCACGCAGCCGGAUCAAAAACCCUAUCGAUUGCCAGAAGACGGCGACUGAUCCUGCAUCUGAGAGAGCGGCUUUUGCAAGCGGUAAAUGGGACGAUGGAGGGAGAGACGUUGCGAAGAUGGUUGGAGAGACUGCAGGAGGAAUUUGCAUUGAAAAUGGCCGCAAUCGAUGCCGAAUCGGAUGCAUUCACAGGCGAUGCUUGUGACAACGGGACGGUUAAGACUGACGAUGGACAAGACUCCUUCCAGGCAGUUGAGGAUCUGGAGUAUGAUAACAAGGAGAUCGCAUCUACUGGAUGA